AAUGGUGUAGGGGAAAAAGGGGAAAGGCCCCGCGGGCCGCGCAGGCGCACCGUGGGCCGGUGCCAUGGCGCUGCCGAGUUCCCUGAACAGGUAUUUGCUGCUCAUGGCACAGGAGCACCUGGAAUUCCGCCUACCGGAAAUAAAGUCUUUGCUUUCACUUUUUGGAGGUCAGUUCACCAGUAGUCAGGAAACUUAUGGAAAGUCUCCUUUUUGGAUUCUUAGUAUUCCCUCUGAAGAUAUUGCCAGGAACUUAAUGAAACGGACAGUGUGUGCCAAGUCUAUAUUUGAACUGUGGGGUCAUGGAAAAUCUCCAGAGGAGCUGUACAGUUCUCUUAAAAACUACCCUGUGGAGAAGAUGGUUCCAUUUCUACAUUCAGAUUCUACAUAUAAAAUAAAGAUUCUCACAUUUAAUAAAACACUGACACAAGAAGAAAAAGUCAAACGAAUAGAUGCACUUGAAUUUCUGCCAUUUGAAGGAAAAGUGAAUUUAAAGAAGCCACAACAUAUAUUCUCUAUUUUGGAGGAUUAUGGUUUGGACCCAAACUGUAUCCCUGAGAAUCCACAUAAUAUUUAUUUUGGUAGAUGGAUUGCAGAUGGACAGAGAGAGCUUAUUCAGUCAUACAGUGUCAAAAAGAGACACUUUAUUGGAAAUACAAGCAUGGAUGCUGGUUUAUCAUUCAUCAUGGCUAACCAUGGAAAAGUGAAAGAAAAUGAUAUUGUGUUUGAUCCCUUUGUUGGAACAGGUGGCCUUCUGAUAGCAUCUGCUCAUUUUGGUGCAUACGUAUGUGGGACAGACAUAGACUACAACACCAUUCAUGGCUUGGGAAAGGCUAGUAGGAAAAACCAGAAAUGGAGAGGACCAGAUGAAAACAUUAGGGCAAAUCUUCGUCAAUAUGGUUUAGAGAAGUAUUACCUUGAUGUCCUGGUUUCAGAUGCAUCUAAACCUUCCUGGAGGAAGGGCGCAUAUUUUGAUGCAAUCAUCACUGAUCCUCCAUAUGGUAUUAGAGAAUCUACAAGAAGAACAGGGUCACAGAAGGAAAUAUCAAAGAGCAUAGAAAAAUGUCCAGAAAGCCAUGUUCCUGUUUCCUUGAGUUAUCAUCUGAGUGAUAUGUUUUUUGACCUGUUAAACUUUGCAGCUGAAACCCUCAUAUUAGGUGGAAGACUAGUCUACUGGUUACCAGUGUACACACCAGAAUACACUGAAGAGAUGGUACCUUGGCACCCUUGCUUGAAACUCAUCAGCAACUGUGAGCAGAAGCUUUCUAGUCAUACAUCGAGGCGCUUGAUAACAAUGGAAAAAGUGAAGGAAUUUGAGAACCGGGACCAGUAUUCACAUCUGCUGAGUGAUCACUUUCUGCCAUACCAAGGUCAUAAUUCCUUCCGUGAGAAAUAUUUCAGUGGGGUAACAAAAAGGAUUGCCAAAGAAGAAAAGUCUAGCCAGGAGUGAAAAUUAAGAUUUUGACAAUGGAGAAAGAAUAAGGAUUCGAUAGAAAAGACAUCUGGGAUGUGACCUUUCGUAUAAGAUACAGAAACCAUGUACUGUUUUGAAUGAUUUUAUAUAACAUAAUACAUGCCACAAAGUCAGCAAUUCUUUUAGUGUUAGCUUUGUUUUAUAGACUGUUUUGUUGUAUGUGGUCUCUUGAACUUAAUUUAUAUUUAUAUUUUCAAGUAUUAUGGAAAUUGAAAAGUUAUAUUUUUGGUAAUUAAUUUACAAAGGGAACUAAUAGUAUUGACUUUUUAAACAGAUAUGUUAUGUAUAUGCUGGAUAUGUUAUAGGCCGUUAAUAGUGGUUGAGAGUUUAUUCAUUAAGUAGAUGUUUUUAAUUUGGUCUUUGAUUGUAAUUGAUUUACAUUUUCACUAAUAAAACUUAUUGAGGAUUCCUAAAA